UAUUUAAAAAAAUGAAUAAUCCAGCUAAUUUAGAUUUGUUUUUAAUAUUUAAUUUUCCCUUUUCUGGCCUAAAUUAUGCUAAUCUAAUGCUGUCAAGAAAGUAAUUUUCUAUCAUUUUACGUAAAACUUUGAUUUAAUGCUUCUGCAGCCUAAACUCGCACACGGGCAUUUUCAAGAAACGCAAUCUUCUAGCAAGAAUUUGCUGCGCUUAAACAGAAAUAAGCCUCUAUAUUCUGAGCAGCACUUGAAGGCAGCAUCAGGCUCCAGCUUCCUCACACGAGCAAACGCUGCCAGCAGCGGUUGUUUAUCCGAUGUAAAGUGUACAGCUACGUUAAAAACUCUCUAACUAGCCUGACGGUCUGACAUGGGGGCGAUAUUCCGGGACCUGGACCUUUUACGGACGCCGGAACGGACUAUGUAACUGCAUCUCUGGUAGAAUUAAUACCAGCGGUAGAAAGACAGGGCUUGUUGAGCACAAAAGAAACCGCCGAAAAGAAGAGACGAUGGACGCAGCGGGAGAAACAAGAACGGAUCACGCAUCCGCCAGAGUUGUGGUUCUCAGAAAUCAACAAUAAGUUUGAAAGGGGCUAAUGCUGGAAAACAUCCGCGAUGUCGGAUCCGAGUCAGUGGUCUGCGGUACCGAGCCAGAAGUCCAAUUUCCUCUCUCGGACGUUGCUAAAGCGCUCGAAAAGCUGUCGCAGCAGCAACAGGAAAAGUCUGGGUAUUGGGACGCCUUCACCCACGCUGUCCCGUCCUCUCUCCCCACUUUCUCUUCACACUGCUGCCAGCAGCCCUUUAGACAGCCCUCGAAAUGUCACGACUGGUGCCUGCGUCAACUUUCCGUUUGCCCGAAGCCACUUGGCUCGCGCUGACAGAGCUGAGGGCAGACGAUGGUCUCUAGCUUCCCUUCCUUCAUCUGGCUAUGGAACCAACCCGCCAAGCUCCACUGUCUCAUCUUCUUCGUCCUCCCAGGAGCGUCUUCACCAGCUUCCCUACCAGCCAACCCAGGAUGAGUUGCACUUCCUCUUCAAGCACUUUCGCAGUUCGGACAGCAUCACCGAUGAAGACGGGCGGCCCUCUACAAUCAUGCGGCCCCGGUCUCGGAGCCUCAGCCCGGGGAGGUCCAGCGUCUCCUUUGAUCACGAGAUAGUCAUGAUGAACCAUGUUUACAGAGAACGUUUUCCAAAGGCCACAGCCCAGAUGGAGGAGCGCUUGUUGGACAUCAUCACCCACUGCUCUCCAGACAUCUCGCUCCCGUUAGCUGACGGAGUGCUGGGCUUCAUCCAGCACCAGUUGGUGGAACUGGUCAGAGACUGUCUGGAUAAAUCCCAGAAAGGCCUGGUUACUUCUCGGUAUUUUGUCGAGCUCCAGGAGAAGUUGGAAAAGUUGCAUCAUGAGGCCUAUGAUCGCUCCGAAAGCGAAGAAGUAACGGUCAUAACCCAGCUGGUGCGCAAGAUCCUCAUCAUAAUCUCCCGACCUGCUCGUCUUCUUGAGUGUCUGGAGUUUGAUCCAGAGGAGUUUUACCACCGACUCGAAGCAGCAGAGGGUCAGGCCAAAGUGGGGCAGGGCAUUAAGACAGACAUCCCACGAUACAUCAUAAACCAGCUGGGUCUGACCCGAGAUCUGCUGGAAGACAUGGUGCAGUUUGAUCAGUAUGAUUCCAGCCCCACAGUGUCAGUGGAACCUGAAGUUACAACUGAGAAUAAAGCUCCCCAGACGCUGACUCCAACUCGGAGGAAACCCCUUGAGAGUGACUUUGAGACCAUGAAACUCAUCAGUAACGGAGCUUAUGGCGCGGUGUAUCUCGUCCGUCACAAGGAAACUCGUCAAAGGUUUGCCAUGAAAAAGAUCAAUCGUCAAAAUCUGGUACUGAGGAACCAGAUCCAACAGGCCUUUGUGGAGCGGGACAUCCUCACCUUUGCUGAGAACCCCUUCGUUGUGUCCAUGUUCUGCUCCUUUGAGACGCGGCGUCACCUUUGCAUGGUCAUGGAGUAUGUAGAAGGUGGAGAUUGUGCCACUUUGCUCAAGAACAUGGGUCCUCUGCCUGUGGAAAUGUCAAGGAUGUACUUUGCAGAAACAGUCCUGGCGUUGGAGUACCUUCACAAUUAUGGCAUCGUGCACCGGGACCUUAAACCUGACAAUCUUUUGAUCACAUCCAUGGGUCACAUCAAACUCACAGACUUCGGUCUGUCUAAAAUUGGUUUGAUGAACAUGACUACCAACCUGUAUGAAGGCCACAUGGAGAAAGACACACGGGAGUUUAUAGACAAACAGGUGUGCGGCACUCCGGAGUACAUCGCCCCAGAGGUGAUCCUUCGACAGGGAUACGGGAAGCCGGUGGACUGGUGGGCGAUGGGAAUCAUCCUCUAUGAGUUUCUUGUUGGCUGUGUUCCUUUUUUUGGAGACACCCCGGAAGAGCUUUUUGGUCAGGUUGUCAGUGAUGAAAUCGUCUGGCCAGAGGGAGAUGAUGCUUUACCUGCAGAUGCUCAGGACCUGAUUACCCGCCUGCUGAGCCAGAACCCUCUGGAGCGCCUGGGAACAGGCGGAGCCUCAGAGGUGAAGCAGCACCCCUUUUUUCUGGGUUUGGACUGGAAUGGACUCCUCCGGCAAAAAGCUGAGUUUAUUCCUCAGCUGGAAGCAGAAGACGAUACCAGCUACUUUGACACUCGGUCAGAUCGAUACCAUCAUCUAGCAUCUGAUGAAGAUGAAGAAACUAAUGAUGAGGAGUCUUCAUUAGAAAUCAGGCAGUUUUCCUCGUGGUCACAUCGUUUCAGCAAGGUUUAUAGCAGCACAGAACAUCUGGCGACGCCGUCCAACCUGAGUUUCUCCUCAGACCGCAGUCACAGUGAAGAGAAAGAGGAGCGUGGAGAAGUGGGCGGAGUUGGACUCUCCCCCAGCUCUGCCGAGAGCAGUGUGGAAAAGAAGCACUCUGGACGCAUGGCCAGCCUUCGUCCUCGGGCCUCCUCCAGUUCUUCCCAGUCUGAGAGGAGCACCAGCCCUCUGGUGAUGAGCAGCACUCACAGCCUGGAGACAAUGCCCCGCUUUGCCCUGUCCACUGAUGACGAGGCUGAGGUGGUGGUGUCUAACCUGCGGAGGAUCCGGAUUCGCAGCAACAGCACUGGGGCCAAACACUCGUCACCAAAGGAUCCAGCAGGAACUCGGCGCUUUGGAAACCAGCUGGAGACACCGGACAGACAGAGGCUUCCCUGUGCUGGAAAGGUUCCUAAAUCUGCCUCUGUCUCUGCGCUCUCCCUCAUCAUCACCACAGAUGAUUCGCCCAUCGGCCUCCAGCCCAGUCCCAUCUCACCUCGCUCGCUGUCUUCCAACCCUUCUUCCCGGGACUCGUCCCCCAACAGGGACCUGUCGCUCAGCUCUGCCAGCCUGAAGCCUCCCAUUGUCAUCCACACCUCUGGGAAGAAGUUUGGUUUCACAGUGCAGGCCAUCCGGGUCUACAUGGGAGACAGCGACGUCUACACCGUACAUCACAUGGUGUCGAGUGUGGAGGAAGGCAGUCUGGCUUACCAGGCAGGUCUUCGGACCGGAGACCUCAUUACCCACGUGAACGGGGAGUCCGUUCAAGGCUUGGUCCACCCAGAGAUGAUCGAGUUACUGCUGAAGAGCGGCAGCAAGGUGACUCUACAGACCAUAGCGCUGGAAAACACUUCGAUUAAAGUCGGCCCAGCGCGGAAAACCAAACACAAAGGCAAGAUGGCUCGCCGCAGCAAGAAGAGCAAGAGGAGGGACAACUAUGACAGGCGACGAAGCAUCCUUAAAAAGCUGUCCAAGCAGAGCUCAGUGAUGCACAGCAGUCGAAGCUUCUCCUCAGGUCUCCAUCACUCCGUUUCCUCCAGCGAGAGCCUUCCAGGUUCUCCCACUCACAGCCUCUCUCCCGGUCCCUCCACGCCCUGCAAGAGCCCCGCCCCUGACCAUCAGGGCUGUGAAAACAACUCUCCUCAGAGUACAUCUCCAUGUUCGAGCUCUCCUAGUUCUCCAGCAGCACACAUCCGGCCCAACUCCCUCCACGGGCUGGGCUCCAAACUCAGUACGCAGCGCUUUUCAAAGGUCGGUCGGCGGAAGUCGACCAGUAACAUCCCGCCCUCGCCCCUGGCCUGCAACUCCUCCUCUUUGUCUAACCAGCCCAUAUCUCCUCAGCGCUCGCCCUCGCCCCUGCCAGGUUUUGCCAAGGCCCUGCACACGUAUCACGGCAAAACCCUGUCACCUCCCACUAUCGUUAGACAUGUUGUCCGCCCCCGCAGCGCAGAGCCUCCCCGAUCUCCUCUGCUCAAGAGGGUGCAGUCUGCUGAGAAGCUGUCUGGCGUAUAUCAUGCUGACAAGAAGUCAUACGCCCCCCGCAGGCACACGCUGGAAGUUCCUUUUUACGGGGAGGGUGACCUACUGGGCGACACGGAGACAGAGGGAGCGUGUGGAGGUUUUCAUAUUGGGGCAGACCACAGCAGACUCGGGGGGUUCAUCGGCGGGCAAAGAAUGCGGGACUCUGGAACGGAGCGAUCGGAGCAGCUGGUUGUUAUGAGGAAACUCAACCUGUCGGAGCGGCGGGACUCCUUCAAAAAGCAGGAGGCAGUGCAGGAGGUGAGCUUCGAUGAGCCCGAUGAGAAAAACGGCAGCGCGGGGGCCACGGCUCCAGGGGAGUCAGCGCAAAGCAAACAGCAGCACAGGGGGGUACCCUGGAUGGUCAUUCGACCCCAGAGCGGGGAGGAGGUGGAGCUGGAGGUGCCCGUCGUAAGGAGGUUCACACUGGUGCCCCAGAUCGCCGUGCAGGGCUCAACGGAGAGUGAGGAGCAGGAUGAGUGGGAGCCGUGCUCAGACGGCGAAAGCACCAACGACAACCCCGAGCUGGAGAUGACCUCCUGUCAGCAGCAACAAGCAGCACUUCCUCCUGCUGGCAGCAGUCAGGCAGCAGGAGCUGCUUCCUCUGAGUCAGCAGAAGUGGUUACUCCCUGCACACCAGCAUCAGCUAAGACUGACUGCAGAGAUGAAACCCCCCCCAAAAAGAACAUGCGAGAAAGUGACGGGGCAUCAUUAAAGCAAAAAAGGUUAAUUUGAACUGCUUUUGUACAAAGAUUACCAGCUGAAGUCGUGGGGAAAAGGUUUUACUUGAAUUUUGUAUUGUAAAUAUUUGCUUUUAGGCAACGCAAACUCUGACUGUAUUUAUUAAGUUUGUAACGUGUGAAAGAUUCAUGGCGGGGAAUGAAGGAGCUUGUUAGAACAGCCAAGGCUAAUCUUUUUUGUACCCAUAUGUGCUUUUAUGUCUUGAAUGGAUGUUUUUUUUUUUUUUUCUUAAAAAGAAAUGUCUAUUUUUUUAAUUGAGAUGCGUCGAUAUGGAGGUAAAAGCUGGAAUACUGUAGGACCAAAAUGUCUGAAAAGUCUUUACAGAAGUCAGGGCAGGCCUCUCUUCCUCUCCGUCCCUCUCAGUGGCUGUUUACACUAGAGUAGCAGAACCCAAAACACGCGUGGGGAACAACAGUUUUUUUUCUUGCAUCCCCUUUUCUGCAGGCUUAUCAAAAUUGGAAACGGCUUUAUGAGACUACAGCCAUGCUGGAAAGAAGUAAAGAAGCUACUGACCUGUUGUUAUUCAUAAUCCUCCCAAGUGUGAAACUCACACCAUUGUUUCAUCUUCAACCAGUCAGUGUUGCAGAUCGUGCUGAGACACAACCUGGCUGCGACUUUGAAGAACAAUCUAUUGCAGAAGCCGACACGAAGGGCUCAAAGUGCCAAGAUUUGAGAAGACUGAAAAAGGUGUCAGUUCUCUGGAAGGCUUUUAAACUUCUAAAUUUGAGCAAUUCAAUUUGACAUUUUAUAGAUGUAUGCAUUCUCUUCCCUGCAGUCAUGUUUACAUCAGACAGAAUAGUGCACUAUUAUGAAAGGUGUGUGAGAACCUGUGAAGGGCAAACUUGGAGAAAAAGCAGAGGGACAUAUUUUGGGUGAAUCCAAACCCAGGGCUUUUUUGAGCAAAAAUGUAGGUUUUUUUGUCUUGUAUUAUUCUGUUUUGUACAAAUAUUUUUUUAAUAUUUUGGUACGGAGGCAGUCUAUAACGUCAAAUGUAUUUAAGGUUGUAUAACUGGUACGCACAAAGAACAAGAAUUGGGGAGAUUUUAACUUGUAGAACAUUGCUGAUUAUUGUUCCCCUUUAUUUUCCAUUUUUUUCCUCCCACAACCACAUUGGAGUAUUUUUGUGUAGGUGAGAUGUUUUUUUUUGUUAUUUUUACAGCAGAGGUGGAGUUUCAAGUUUGGGUCGAUGGUUUUGGACAACUUUUAUGUAUACUUUGGUUUAUGCAGCUUUAAAAAACCCUUUCAGUUGAAUUGAGCCGAUGUCUCAGUAAUUUCUGCAGGCUAAUGAACAAACGAGCAAAGUACUGUACAAAGGCUUGUGGAUGUUAUACGAUGAAGCUCCUCUUUGAUACAUCCAUGUAAAACCUCUCACAAGUUUCAUACCACUUUUUGUUUCUACUUAAGCACCAGACUGGGAAAGGUUUUUGUAUGUUUUCACAUACAGGAAGUAGCAUUUUUUUUCUUGGCCUGUUUUCUAAGGAUUGGUGUGUUUAAAUGAUCAUUUAUCCUAUCCGUUUUUGCCCAAUCGAUUUAUUCACUUUGUGGACAUGAAAUCCGUUUUUGUAAAGAUAAAAAAAAUGACAACUUACUAUUUUUGUGGUAAACUAAUCACGGAAUCUAAAACACAGUUCAUACACGGUGUGCACAUUUCUGGAUGUUUUAAGCGACACGUUUGAGGGGAAUUUCAGUACAAAACAUUUUGUCAACAGUUUUUUUUAAAGAAAAAAAAAACAAACGGCAGGAUUCUUGUUGUGAAUGUAAGUUUACAGUAUUUUCUCACUGUGCAACCCUCCACCACUUCAGUGUCUGAUGGUUGCAGCUGGAGCCACAGGAGGUCAGUAGAUGUAAGAUACGCUGGUGUUCAGGCACUAUAAGAACAAAUUGUUGGAUCAAAGUUUUGUCUGUGCACAUGUUCUCCUGUGGAUUCUCCUAUUUGGUGCAUGCUGCAUGAGACAAGCACACAGGUGUAAUACUUGACUGCAUGGUAUAUCGGCAUUGCCGCCCUGUACUGUGUUUUUGUGCAAAAAUAAAUCGUAUUUUCCUUUGAGUUGA